AUGGCUAUUUGGGGAAGAAGCGAGGAUGUUGAUUUGGGCGAUGUGACAGAAAAGUUGAGUAUUUUAACGACAAAGUUAUCCGAAUCCGCAUCAGUUCUUGCCGAUAAGUAUGUUCAAUACCGUACGCAGUUGAAAGAAAUUCGCAGUCGUGAAGAAAAAAUGAAAGAGCAGAGGAUCAAAAAGGAAACAUUAUGGA